GGGUGGGAGAUGCAACAAUGUCCUUGAGAACAGCAGGAAGUGUGUUGGUGGUCUUUCUCUGGUCUGUAGCAGUGGUACUGGGUCAGUAUGUCUGGAGUGUGACAUACACCACUCAGAGUAUCUGUACCUUGAAGGGGUCAUCAGUGGAUCUGUUCUGCUCUUACACAUAUCCCAGAGGUAAAGUCACAACAACACUCUGGUUCACUAAAAUGGAGGCUGGUAUAGAACCUGAAGAUCUAGGUCAGGACCCAGAGUAUGCAGGUCGUCUGGAGUAUCAAGGAGAUAAGAAGAAAGACUGUACCCUGAGAAUCACAGACCUGAGAGAGAGAGACUCAGCUACGUACAAGUUCAGAUUACUAACAGAUCAGACCAGAGGGAAAUAUUAUGGAAGUCCUGGAGUCACUCUGUCUGUUACAGCUCUGCAGGUGAAGGUGACUCCUGCUGCAGAGGGACAGAAGACACUGACCUGUAGCACCACCUGUACUCUGACUGGCAACCCCACCUACAUCUGGUACAAGAACGGACAACAUCAACACGAGAGAACCACCCCCAAGUACAAAUACUCAGUCUACACUAACAGUAAAGACAGCUACUCCUGUGCUGUAAAAGGCCAUGAGGAUCUCCCCUCUCCUGCAGUGUGUGUUCAGGGUCAGAGCUGCUACAGAGUGACUUACACCAAGAGGAGAAUCUGUGUCUUGAAGGGGUCAACAGUGGACAUAUCCUGUACUUAUGUUGGUUAUUAUUACACCAGAUCAUCAUUCUGGUUUAGAAGUGAUAAGUCGACCCCUGAAGACCUAACCACAGACCCAGGGUAUGCAGGUCGUGUGGAGUACACUGGAACAUACAGAGGUCCCUUCACCCUGAGAAUCACAGAUCUGAGAGAGGAGGACUCAGCUGAGUAUCGCUUCACUUUUAAAACACACAACUUUGAAUGGGGUCAUAGUUUCCCAGGAACAACUCUGUCUGUCACAGGUAAUACUACACUGUAUGAUACAACUGUAAAUCAUAAUGAAUUACAGGAUAAAUAUAUUAACCAUCCUGUUAACACAGAGGUGUAUGUGGUUUUAUACAUAUUGUUUCAGGUCUGCAGGUGAAGGUGACUCCUGCUGCAGAGGGACAGAAGACACUGACCUGUAGCACCACCUGUACUCUGACUGACAACCCCACCUACAUCUGGUACAAGAAUGGACAGAAUGUACAAGAUGUCUCCUCCCCCAUGUACUCCAU